UGCAAAGAGUAGGCUCGUUUUACAGGAUUGCGGAGUGAUUUCCAAUCGUCUCUCAGCAAUCCGAAACCAGGUGCCAGUCAGACACACCACACAGUGCCUCCAGGUCUAGAUGUUUGUCUUCUGAAUGAAAAGGGAUGAUCUUCAGUGAUUGAGCAUGCUGCUGCUGCUGCUCCUGCGUGUCCUCUAUCCUUUUCACCCCUGAAGCCUGGACAGUGUCCCCUGGGACGACAACGUCUGUGUCUGACCUGUGGGUCCAUCAGAAAAAGGAAGCAUGGACGUGUACCUGGAGGGGAUUAUCCAGUGCAUCAAGCAGGGGGAUGAGAACGGUGUUCAGAUACAGCUGCAGGAGUUCAACAAAGAGUAUGCCCAGUGCUUCUUCUUUGAUUCAGAGGAGAGGGACCGGAGGAAACAAAGAAAACUGGAGGAGUUCAGGCAAAAUAAAGUGAGGGAAUACGCUGAUUCUGACUCUGACUGCGACCAGGAUGACCAGGAGGACCGAGGCCUCGUCCUCAGAGAGAAUUUAGCUCUUGUCCUGGUGAGGUUCAUUAGAACAGGAGUUAAAUGCCGUCUGUUGAGAGUAUCUCUACGCACCCUGAGAAUCCUCUCCAGGGACAAAAAGGUCCUGGGCCCCUUGGUGACCGACGGCGCUCUCCUGACGCUGGCCAAACUAGCCGGGCUGACCACAAGCGACGCAAGUGACGAAUCCAGUGACCCAGACUCUGAUUUCUACGAUAACAUCAUUGCUUCUCUGGUUGAGGCCAAAGUCUUGCGUGGUCGCACUGACGAGGACGAGGGUGACGUUGAAGCCGAUAACCAACGCGCCGAGUGCUUUGAUGAGGACGCCAAGAGUGACAUCAGCAUCGCCGACAGCGGAGAUGUGGACAGCAUCGGCUGCUCUGGCAGCCACAGGACCAGCAUCAACGAAAUGCACAGGGGCAGCAUGCAUCACAAGGUGCUGGAGAGAGGCAGGAGGGACCGCAGGGAGAGCAAGGUGGAGGGGGAGGAAGAAGAGGAGGAGGGAGGCGCGUCAGGAGACGAGGCACAGAGAAAAGAGGCCUUGAAGGUGCUGUGUAACGUGGUCUACAACAGCACCUGGGCGCAGGAGAGGUUCAGCCGUCUCAGGCUCAUGUGUGGCCUCACAGAGCGUCUAUCCUCCAGUGUGAGUGGCUCACCUCUGUCCAGCGUUCACUUCUAUGAACUCCGCCUCAUGUUCCUCAUUAUUGCACUACGGCGAGAGCUCAGCACUCAGCUUCAACAGGAGGGAGGUGUGUCCAUCUUCACAGCAGCUCUGGAGAGCUGUCUGGGGGUUCAGUGGAAGGACCAGUAUGAGUGUGUGCUGGACCCAGCAGCACCACCCAUCUCACUGGAAGCCUCUCAGCAUGUCAUAGAGAUCCUCAAAAUCCUCUUCAACAUCACCUACAGCACCCACAGGCAGGCGCCAAGUGAGGAUGACGCAGCUCUUUACCGACACCUGGUGGCGAUGCUGCGUCUCUGCCUGAUGAGGAAGUGUUUGCUUUCGGAUGACACUGAUGAACUGCAGGGUCACACGGUCAACCUGUUGUCAGCGCUGCCUCUCCAGUGUCUCGAUGUGCUGCUGCUGGUGCCUCUAGAGCCCGACUCCAAGCAGUGCCAGGGGGUCAACAUGGACUGUGUCCACACACUGGUGCUGUUCAUGGAGAGACGCCUGGACUCGGGUGAUAAGAUGAAAGAGAAGCUGACACCAAUCCUCAAUCUGCUGACAGAGAGCUGCAGGGCCCACAGAGAAACACGCCAAUACAUCAGGAAACAUAUCCUGCCUCCUCUGAGAGACACGUUCCACAGACCAGAGGAAGGCUCCACAGUGAAGAGUCGUCUGAUCCGGCUCAUGACUCACCUGGAUACAGACCUCAAACACUGCGCUGCUGACCUCAUCUUUGUCCUCUGCAAGGAAAAUGUGAGCCGCUUUGUCAAGUACACAGGCUACGGUAACGCAGCGGGCCUGCUGGCCACCAGGGGCCUGCUGGGCGGUCAGGGGCCCAGGGCCUUCUGCUCUAACGCCAAGUACUCCAGCGACUCCGACUCGGACACUGAGGAGUACCGGCAGGUCAAAGAUCGCAUCAACCCGGUGACAGGGCGGGUGGAGGCGGAGCAGCCGGACCCCAUGGAGGGCAUGACGGAGGAGGAGAAGGAGGAGGAGGCCAAGAGGCUCAUCGUGCUCUUCAACAAGCUGUCCAGAGAUAACAUUAUCCAGCCGAUGGGAGUGGAUUCAGAGGGGAAGCUGGUCCCGAUGUCAGGACUGAGGGAUAAUUCCCUCACUGAGGAGGUGAAGUCUGGGUCUGAGAAUGACGGAGAAGCAGAGGAAGGAGAGGACAACUGAAACAUUUCA